AUGGACGAAGGAACGUCCCACGAAUCGAGAGGAGAAAGGCCAACGCACGAGCCGAACAGAGGCGGAAUGAUGGCAAUCAAAUCACUUACGAACGUUGCGCAGCCUUUACGCCCCAAGAAGGAAGACGACGUAAAUGCUACUGAGGGUGUGCUUCGACAAGGGAUCCACCCCCUGGCGCCUUCGAACCCGGUUUCACUCCGCAAUUAG